AUGGGAUUCAGAAAAAUACUUGCUAGCAAAUCACAUCACAGUCGCCACCAUAAAAGUUCCAAUGGGCAAAAUCAUCGCUAUACACUUAUUUCCAACAUCACGGGGUCCCAUGAAACAAAAUUUUUAUCGCCCUUUAGGAUGGGCAAUAACUCAGGAAGUAGAAGACGUGAUAGGCUACAUUUGAAGAUUAAAUCCUUAAGGAACAAAAUCCACAGACAACUUCACCCAAAAUGCUUGAUUGAUGACACAAUUGUAAGUGAUGGCGAUAAAUACAGCUCAUACGAGGAGCCCAAAAAGGACGGCCUUGCUUCUAUUUCAUUAAAAGAGCUUUUUCCAAAGUCCAACAGGUACCAAAUUGCUGAGGAAAACAUAGAAGAAACAAAUAGCGUUAUUCACCGAGACUUAGGCAAAUUUGAAAAUGAGAAUGACUAUCCACAGUGGGGAAACGUAGAAUAUCAAUAUAACAUCGGGAACAACGGACAUGAGGAGGAUGAAAUAGUUGAUAGACUCAGGUCCGAAAUUAGAAGCACCAAGUUAAAAUCUGUAAAAACAACAAACAGAACACUUGAAAAAGCGAUAGAGGCUCGAAGGACGGGGAAAAGAGUACUUCAACAACUAAGUUGCCAAAGUAACCAACUCACUAAGAUCGAGGGCAAUUGUGACAUGCUUAAAAUUCAGUCUAAUAUGGCUGACCGGAAGAUUGACGAACUUGUCCAUGAAAAUAGAAGUUUAUUUGCAUUAAAGUCACCCAAUCCAUUCAGGAAGAAAAGGGAAAGAGAAAAACGAAACCAGAUCAAUAAUUUGAAGUUAAAGCAACAUCAGUUACAGCAGGAAACUAUGAAGCGAGCCCAAGAAUCGAAUAAAAAUUUGGCUAUAAAUCUAACCUCUGACUAUAAACGACAUGGGCAAGAGGUGGAAAGACAGCGUAUUCUUAAGGACGCCCAGAAGUAUCAGUUUGAAGCCGAUGAAGAGGAUAACCAAAUGGAACUCGACUUGUAUGGGAACCUGGAACAAAUAAAAGCGGUGAGUGGUGACCUGAAAGUUAUGGCUCACACAUUUGGUAGAGAGUUUGAAGCACAAAACUUCCGGAUGUUUGAUAUCGAGAACAAUGUUCAGCAGGUGGACGGCACUUUACAAGCCAAGCAGUACAGAUUGGAUAAAGUGAUUGGAAAAAAGUGGUGA